ACAAACUGUAAGUCCCAGGAUGCACCGCGACAGUUUGCGAUAGUUUGUUGUUGUGUGGUGGUGUCGCGAACUUGAAAAUAUGACCCAAAUUAGGACAAGUAUUCGUAUCUAGAAACUAUGUUGUGUGAUUUUGUAAGUACAUUUAAAUUAGAACCAUUACAAAAACGCAGUUGAGGUCAAACACGAUCAAAUUUCAAAAACUCCGAAAGCAGUCUGCUGAACCUCGCGACUUGCCGUAGAUUGCCCUGCUGUCAUCACCUCAUCUUCCUGUCCGGUUUGUGGAGAAACACUUGCGCUAGCUGGCUUUCGUUUCGAUGUUCACGUGCUCGGUUCGCGCACUUUACAUUUGGAAGUACGUUAGCCUUUCGGGAAAGUACAGUUGUUGUUUUGUAAUACACAGUAAUAGGAUGUGUGGGAUAGGCCCCGCCCAUCCGUAGAGGUAAACAAAGUACAGCUUCGUCACCUAACGUGAUCAAGCUGUUACACAGCAGCCAUCGCCACCCAACUCAAGUUGUCGCCCGUAAAUGGAAACAACAAUCAUUUCGCUAUGAAUUGCCGCUCCGAGGUUCUCGAAGUAACGGUGGAGGCGAGGCAGGUGGAAGAAGCGAUGCUGGCUUUGCUGCACACCAUUUUACUGCAUCGCAGCUCCGGGAAAUUUCACUACAAAAAGGAGGGCACCUACUCCAUCGGCACCGUGGGCACACUUGACAUUGACUGCGACUUCAUCGAUUUCACGUUCGUCAGGGUGUCCUCGGAGGAGCUGGACAGAGUGAUCAGGAAAGCUGUGUCUGAAUUCAAGGAUGCGCUGAGCAGCGAUGGCAUGGGCCAAAUCUCCUUGGAGUUUUACCAGAAGAAGAAGUCUCGCUGGCCCUUCUCCGACGAGUGCAUUCCCUGGGAGGUGUGGAGCAUCAAGGUCAACGUGGUCAACCUGGCCAACGAGCAGGAGAGGCAGAUCUGCAGGGAGAAAGUGGGCGAGAAGCUGGGCGAGAAGGUGAUCAACGUGGUGGAGGUCAUAAACCGCCACGAGUACCUGCCGAAGAUGCCCACCCAGUCUGACGUGGACAACGUUUUUGACACCAGCCUCAAGGAUGUCCAGCCCUACCUUUACAAAAUCACCUACCAGAUCACAGACUCUCUGGGCACCUCUGUGAGCACGACAAUGAGAAGGCUGAUCAAAGACACCCUGGCACUGUGAGGAUUCGCUCCAAGACGGAGAGCAGAAAGAUCUGGACGAUUUGAUCCAUAACUGUAUUUUUCUUCUUCUUUUUUAAGUUCAGAAACGCAAUUCGACAGCUGUACUGCUGCUACAACAAAGGAGUGUUUGUGUACGCGCCUACUCAGUAACUUAGUUUGACGUCUCUGCUGUGGUUUCAGUAUUGCUUUUAAGUAUCUUCUAUUAUGUCAUGUUGAUUUAAAAGACAUUUUGUUUUCAAGCUUUCUCCAAUUAUCUUCAAUUUUCACCGUCUAGGAAUGUAACUUAAACACAGUAGCAAAUAACAUUAUAUAUCAGUUAAAUUCUUUCAGAUAUUGUGUUGCAGAUAUUAUCAAGUCUGUAAAUGAUUGUUAAUCUUUCAAAAUAAAUGUUUGAUGUAACUGGUGGUCAACAA